CUUGAAUUUGAACUGCGGAGGGCGGUGACUCCUAUGGGACAUGGCCGAUGCUGCCAGCCUGGUUCUGCGACUGCUAGCAGCACUACGCGAGGAGGAGGCGCGGGCUGUGGAGGAGCUGCUGCGUCUCGGGGCGGACCCCAACCUGGUGCUGGACGAUGGCGUGGCGGCGGUGCACCUGGCGGCCAGAGCGAGCCACCCGCGCGCCCUGCAUUGCCUUCGGAUGCUGCUGCGCUGGGGCGCGGAUCCCAAUGCUCGGUCCGCGGAGGGGCUGACGCCCGUGCACGUAGCUGCCGCGUGGGGCUGUCGCGGUGCCCUGGAGUUGCUGCUGAACCGAGGGGGUGACCCCACACUGCGGGACCAGGACGGGCUCAGGCCCUUGGACUGGGCACUACAGCAGCGACACCACAACUGCGCAAGUGUGCUGCGGGAGCUGGACACGCCCACCCGGAAGCCAGAUGAGACCCCAGAGCCCACAGGGUCUUCUGGAGUCUCUCGAGACUCAGAAUUGCACAUGUGCAGAGCUGAGCAGGAGGUGAAGGCUGUGGGGGUGGCUGCGCAGCCCCAGAGCCCCGAGGCCACCGAGAGCCCGGACUACAGCAGCGAUGCUUCAUUUGUCACUGCAGUGGAGGACUCUCUUCAGCCCAGGUGCCCUGGGGGGACACUGGAGCACGUGGCUGGCCUGUGGGUGACCCGUGGGGCCGUGUCAGCUGGGAAGGGGACACCCAGCUGCCAGCCUCGGGCCCUGACGUUGACCGCAAGGACCACGGACAAACCCUUAGUGUCUGGUGAUGGGGAUCUGGGGGCUUUGCACCCCCACGGCUCGGUCCCCCCCAUGUCCGACCUGCAGCUCCUCCAGGCCCUUCGGGAGCUGGGCUAUAGCCCUGGACCCGUCACACCUUUCACCCGAGGACACUACCUACGGCGGCUACAGGAAGCCCAGGCUCGCUCUGCUGAUGUAGGGUAUAGCCCAGAACUGGCGGAGGCACUAAGGACAGGCACCGUCCCAGACUGCCAGGUGGAUGAGGCAGCCCUGGCUCAGCACUUUCAGCGGCUGGAUCCCUCGAAGAAGUGGCGGGAAGGCAUUACAAAGUCUAGUUUUACGUAUCUCCUUCUCGACCCCAGGCUGACGAAGGACCUGCCUACCCGAGCCUCUUCCCUCACAUUGGCUGAGUGUCUGCGGUGUUUCGUGAAAGCCAUCUUCUAUGUGGGCAAGGGGACCCGUGCCCGGCCAGAUGCCCACCUCUGGGAAGCCCUUGGCUACCAUGACCAGCCAAGGAAACAGGUCUGUCCCAAGGUCCGCCGGAUCUUAGACAUCUGGGAUAGCGGCCGGGGCAUCAUCUCUCUACACUGCUUCCAGCAUGUGGUGGCCAUGGAGGCGUACACGCGGGAAGCCUGUCUGUUGGAUGCCCUAGGUCUCCAGACACUGACCAACCAGAAACAGGGGCACUGCUAUGGAGUGGUUGCCCAUUGGCCGCCCUCUCGGCGUCGGCGUUUGGGAGUGCACCUGCUACAGCGAGCUCUGCUAGUGUUCCUAGCUGAGGGGGAGAGAGAGCUGAGGCCUCAGGACAUUCAGGCUCGAAGCUGAAUGCUGAGCACGUGACCACGAGUCCUGAGUCGUCAAGAUGCUUGAGCAUCCGAGCGGCGGGUCCCUGACUGUGUCCCCAGCUCUAGCUUCAGAGGACAGUGUGUUUCCGUGUGUGUGUGUGUGUGUGUGUGUGUGUGUGUGUGUUUAACUAUGUGACAGUGUGUCUUACUAAGCUGGGUGAACCUUGGGAUACAUGGUGCUUCUGGAAGAGUAGUGAGCUCCCAGUGUGGGAGGAAAACAACCCGAGGAGCAGAAGCUAUUCUGGAGCACCACCUUUUUUUUUUUUUUUUUUAAAUUAUUUAUUUGUUUUAUAUGUGUGAAUUACAUUGUAGCUGUCUUCAGACACACCAGAAGAGGGCAUCAGAUCUCAUUACAGAUGGUUGUGAGCCACCAUGUGGUUGCUGGGAAUCGAACUCAGGACCUCUGGAAGAACAUUCAGUGUUCUUAACCACUGAGCCAUCUCUCCAGCCCCAAAAUUGAACUUAAGGCCUCAAACAUGCCAGCUAAGCUUUCUUUCUUUUUCUUUUUUUAAAGAUUUAUUUAUUAUUAUAAAUAAGUACACUGUAGCUGUCUUCAGACACACCAGAAGAGGGCGUCAGAUCUCAUUACAGGCGGUUGGUUGC